AUGACAUCAGUUGCUUCUAUCAGAGUAGAGAGAUUUAGAGACAGGAGUGAUCACUACAGUCCAUUAGCAUUAGCUACACUAGAGAAUUUGCCGAGUUGUCGAUUCGAAAUACUGAGUCUUAUUUUACCAGCGCUCGUGUUCAUGGCUUUAGGGCAUACUGAUGAUGGGCAGCAGCGUCAUCGGUGCGAGAAACUGUUUGCGAUCGCCAACCCGCAUGCCCAGCGUGGCGAUUAUGGGCACAUUCCUCCCAUGACAGGUCCUACACAACCAUGGCCCCUAGUUCCCGGCCGCUCUGCUAUUCCUGGCCAAGGCGGCGGUUAUGGUAACGGCAGAGCAAGGGGUGCUAAGAAUCCCCGGGCUACGGUAGGCCGCCAACACUCAUUGACCCUGGCUACGUAUAACGGACGUACACUGCGACUGGAUGAACACCUCGCGCAACUGGAAGAAGAACUGAAAUAUAUAAGAUGGCAUAUUCUUGGUCUUUGUGAAGUCCGAAGAGAGGGGGAGGACACCAUGACUCUGGAAUCUGGCCAUCUUAUGUAUUUCAGGGAGGGAGAACAACCUUCCCAAGGUGGUGUCGGGUUUUUGGUCCAUAAGACCCUAAUAAACAAUGUUGUGGAAAUCUCCAGUGUGUCGAAUAGGGUUGCGUAUCUGGUAUUGAAGCUAACUGAGAGGUAUAGCCUUAAAGUUGUGCAAGUAUACGCACCGACAUCGGCACACUCGGAUGAUGAAGUAGAAAGUAUGUACGAAGACAUAUCCAAGGCCAUACAUAACACCUCAAAGGCAUUCUACAACAUUGUUAUGGGGGAUUUUAAUGCUAAAGUGGGAAUCCAAACCGGCAGCGAAUCGACAGCUAUGGGACCACAUGGUUUUGGUAGUAGGAAUCAUAGGGGGCAAAUGCUCGUCAACUUUCUAGAGAAAGAGGGGUUGUUCUUGAUGAAUUCUUUCUUCAAGAAACAACCUCAACGAAAGUGGACGUGGCAGAGCCCCGACUCUAUGACCAAAAACGAGAUCGACUUCAUCUUGACGGAUAAGAAGCGUAUAUUCAGAGAUGUCUCUGUGAUCACUAGGUUUAAAACCGUCACAGAUUAG